AUGAACCUCCUGGAGUCUCUACCCUCGUUGACCUUCGAGGCGGCCCCACCAUCUGACCCGAACUCUCUUUCUCAUACUAUCUCUUUGACAUCGGGGUAUAUCUCAUUAUCCUUUUGGCUCUUUGCCCAGAUCCCCCAAGUGAUCGAGAAUUACAAAAACCAAUCGGUUGAUGGUAUUGCCUUUGGAUUCUUGGCAUCGUGGGUCGCUGGUGAUGUGUCUAACUUGAUUGGUUGUAUAUUAACCAAUGCCCUUCCGUUCCAAGUAUUGUUAUCGAGUUAUUAUUGUUGUAUCGACCUUAUCUUGUGCUCACAAUACCUCUACUACACCAAAAUAUACCCAAAGAUCAAACAUCAUCGAUACUUCUCUACCCAAAGAUUACAGAAAUUAACCAGUGAUGAUCUACAAGAACAGCCGUCUUCCCCAGAAGCAGAGUUCCCAUCAGAGCAUAUCUUAUCGCCGCCAACAUUUUCCCAGCCCAUCGCCAUCGGGGGAGGCAAACCGGCACCAAAGAUGAACUUUGUCAAUAAUGUCCUCAAUAAUGUCAAUAAUAAUAACCACAAUCAGAGCAAGGGAGGAAGUCUGUUCACCUCUCUUUUACCAACCGGCAAUUCAUUUUCCAAUAUGGUUACUGGUUCCUUUCUUGCCAGUUUUGGUAAAGUUCGGGGCGCCCCAAUUGGCAUCACUAAUAUUAAUAAUCAUAAUACGAUUUCUACUAUGGACUCAAUGUUUACAGUAUUAGGGGAGAAUUCGGAACUUAUUGGCAAAAUAUUCGCGUGGUUUUGUACGCUGCUUUAUUUAUCGGCAAGAAUCCCCCAACUUGUGAAGAAUUAUCAUCGCAAAUCCACCGAAGGACUUUCGAUUCUUUUGUUUUUUUGCGCGCUUAAUGGGAACAUUUUCUAUACGUUAUCGAUCCUCACCAGCGACGAUUUUGCCCAAGCCCCUAACUCCGAAGUCCGAUGGGAUUUCUUUAUUCGGGAAUUACCAUAUAUUUUAGGAUCUGCGGGAACAAUAGCGUUUGAUUUAUUGGCAUUAUAUCAAUGGAAAAUUUAUCGAGAUAAUGCUUCUCGUUAUCAACCACUUUCUUCCAAUGAUAUACAGCAUCAUCAUCAUCCACACCAACAUAAUGAAGACACGACCACUACAGACAUUGGAUUAGGACUUUCGUCUAGUGCUGAAGAAUAUGAAACAAAAGCCCUGCAUUCUACCAAUAUCCCGGUGACCCAACCUUCCGAAUCAGAAAACAUGCCAUUUUCCCAUACUAUGAAUGGUUUUUUAGGAACUCAUAAUAAUAAAAGCACUUCAUCACUAACCAAUUUCCAUACCGAUCGUGGUGGUGCUGGUGCUGGUCAAAUAUUUGACCAACAAGAACCAGAACAGACGAAAUUAUUAUUCUCAUCACUUAAAGAAUUACUAGGAGAUCCCAAUGAGCGAUCACGACUUUCCUUUGAUUCUACGAAACGAUCAUACGGUAGUAUUUUCGAUGCGCCUGCACCUCCGGUGACCCAUGCCUCUUCCAGCACCACUAUCCCUCCUUCAUCUAGAGGGGCUAAUGGGAGGGCUAAUAGCAGUGUAAUGAACACCCCAUUGACCCCAUGGGAUCUUCUCGAUCUACCAACUGAUCCAAGUGAUAAUACUGACGAGGAGGUCGAAGGGUAUUCUAAGGACCCGAUGUAUAGCCUUGGGGAAGAGCCAACACAAAACGUUCCAAGACAGUUCAAUGAUAUUCCGUCGUUCAAUGCUAAUAAUAAGAAUCACAACAAUCCUAAACCAACGCAGUAUGGUGUGAUUGUGGAUUAA